AUGCUGAGCGCCGACAGGAUGGAGGAGUUUCAGAGCGAGGAAGAGGAGCCCUGGUACGACCAGCAGGACCUGGAGCAGGACUUGCAUUUGGCCGCGGAGCUGGGGAAGACGUUGCUGGAGCGCAACAAAGAGCUGGAGGACUCACUGCAGCAGAUGUACGCCACCAACGAGGAACAAGUGCAGGAAAUCGAGUACCUGACCAAGCAACUAGAGAUGUUGCGGCAGAUGAAUGAACAGCAUGCAAAAGUCUACGAGCAGCUGGACCUGACAGCACGGGACCUGGAGCUGGCUAACCAGAAGCUCGUGCUGGAAAGCAAGACAUCCCAACAGAAGAUACAGUGCUUAACGGAAACGAUCGAGGGGCUGCAGAACCAAGUGGAAGAGCUGCAGAAGCAGGUGGAGGAGAUGCGGAGCUUGGAGCAGCUUCGCAUUCGGCGGGAGAAAAGGGAGCGGCGCCGAACCAUCCACACCUUCCCCUGCCUUAAGGAGCUGUGCUCCAGCCCCAGGUAUGAGGACACGUUCCAGGUCCACAGCUCUUCCACAGAGUUCAACCAGAAGCCACUGGAGAGGGAAAAUGAGCGUCUCCAAGCCAUGGUGAACUCCCUGAGGUCCCAAGUCAACCAGGAGAAGCAGCGGAAGGAGAGGGUUGAGCGAGAGUACACCUCCGUUAUUCAGGAGUACUCAGACCUCGAGCAGCGGGUGUGCGAGAUGGAGAACUGCAAACUGCGCAUCAAGGAACUGGAAGCAGAGCUCCUAGAGCUACAACAGAUGAAACAAGUCAAGAAGUAUCUGCUCAGCAGAGAAGACAACUUGUCUGAGGCCCUCCUCGAGCCACUGAAUAACGCCCCAGAAGCAGACUACAUCGACCUCUCUGAGGAGGAGGGAGGGAAAAGUCAUGGGCCAUCAAUGACGCCUUCCCCAAAUCACCCUGUCCGGAAAAGCUGCAGUGACACAGCCCUCAAUGCCAUCGUGACCAAGGAUGCCGUGAGCCGGCACGAAGGCAAUUACACGCUGCACGCUAACAACGUGCGCAAACGGGGCAUGUCCAUCCUGAGGGAAGUGGACGAGCAGUAUCACGCCUUGCUGGAGAAGUACGAAGAGCUCCUGAGCAAAUGCCGGCAGCACAAGGACAGUGUGCGCCACACAGGGGUCCAAACGUCCCGGCCCAUCUCUCGCGACAGCUCCUUCAGAGACUUCCGGGGAGAGGGACAUGAGUUGGAAGAGCGGAAAACCAUGGAGAAGACCAUUAGCAAACACGUGGAGGCGGUGGACAAGCGGCUGGAGCAGAGCCAGCCCGAGUACAAGGCUCUUUUUAAGGAGAUCUUCUCCCGCAUCCAGAAAACAAAAGCAGACAUCAAUGCCACAAAGGUGAAAAACAAGAGCAGCAAAUGA